AUGUCGCGUCUAAAUUGUUUCCUUCUUGUCGUCUUCGCAGCCUUCUUUGCUUUUGCAACUGGAUUACAGAAUGACACGGUAAUCUCUUGGCCAUCUUUGCUGUUCCGUUUCUCUAUAAAGCGCAUUGCCACGCAAGUCCACGGUCAAUCCAAAUUUUCCGUGCGUGCGAACCCCGUCGUGUCAUCGGGUGAUACCACUAGCGUGCUCUAUGACGCCUAUGCCGUCUUUGAGGAUGAUAAUAGUAUCUACAAGUACUCGCUUGUGGAUGGAGCAACGUAUGUUUCUCGCAGUUUUCGGACUGGAGGUGGCAAAUCGGAAGUGGAAUGCUCGGAUGCUGAUAUUUUAUUAUCAGUCAAUUCAAUAGUGAAAGCACUGGGUACCGCAAAGGCUGUUUCAACCAUCACAACAAGCGAUGGUAGCGCAAUCUCGUGCUCGGUCGGCAAGUCUUUCCAAAUUUCGGUCAAUGGCAUUAAAUUUGGAGUGUGUUCUUACGGUUCUUCAGGUUUUACAAUCUUUGGAAGUGAUUUGGAUGUCAAGGUGGAGUAUAUAAAAAAUCAUCUGCCGAUUUGGGCGCCAAAACUUGAUAUAAAGACGAAGAAGGGUUGUAAGAAGAUGGCGUCACCGAAUACUGUUACGUCAAUCGGAAGGUCUUUCUUGACUGGAGAGUCUAUUCAAGACGAAGAGAGAAUACUGGGGGAUGUGGUGGAUGUGCUUUUGAGGGGCUCGUGCACGUGCAAGUCAACGCCGCGUCCGUGCAUUUUUAUCCAUGGUCUCGGCGUUCUUAGUGAGAAGGAGAAGAAUCUCGACACAUAUGACAAGUACUGGGGAAACUUAACAGACCAUACACCAUGCUGCUCGACGACUCAGUACGCCAUGCUCAACACAGUGAACAAUUCUUGGACUGACCAUUUUCAACAGCAGAAAGUCUGCGAUCGCGUGUUGGCAGCGAGCCAAACCAGCAAAGGAUCCACUAUUUCUGAUACUAUUAUUAUUACGCACUCAAUGGGUGGUCUCAUGGUAGCUGGUGCGAUCGCUAACAAGAAAUGUAAGCUCGCUUCAAGCGCCACAUGGGUCGCCAUUGCAUCGCCUAUGUUAGGAAGUAUGGCUGCAGAGUACUUUGAAGAAUCUUGCAAUCAUGAAACCAAUUUUUUUAUGGCAGAAUUCGUUGAAUCGACAAAGUUGUGCCCCCCGGACGACGGGAUCAAGUCUCUUGCGUAUCAAUACGACAGCUACAGUACCCCUGCCUUGGAUAAAAUGUACCAUUUUGCACAGGAGGCAUACCGGAAGAAUGUACACGCAGUGAUGUGUAGUAACUCUUACUCUGGAAUCUUUUCAUCGUACCAGCCCGGCUUCUGGAUCCUGGGGAAAACCAUUCCACACAAAUCUAAGCAAAAUGACGGUAUGGUAGAAUUUCACAGCUGUGCUGGAGGCUUCUUAGAAACCAAGUUUGGCGACGACUUUCGUAAACCCUUUUACGUAUCAAAGCUUAACCACAACGACCUUGCAUUUAGAGCAGGCGAUGCUCUUCUGGAUGAAGCAAAGAUGCCAGUGAAAUGGUUCGAGUGCUUAUUAUAG